CAGUCAUCCUACUCGACUUCAGCCACGUCAUUUUUAACUAAAAAGAGUGUACGCGGCGUAUAAAUUCAUUUAGAUUACCAUGAAUAUAUUCCGUUUAGUCGGCGAUUUAUCGCACCUUUUAGCUAUAAUUAUAUUAUUACUCAAAAUAUGGAAAACAAGAUCAUGUGCAGGUAUAUCGGGCAAGUCCCAGAUUCUGUUCGCCGUAGUGUACACAACCCGGUACCUGGAUUUGUUGACGACUUACGUAUCGGCAUAUAACACUGUUAUGAAGUUUGUGUUCAUCGUAGCCUCCUAUGCCACGGUUUACUUGAUGUACGUGAAGUUCAGGGCCACCUACGACCACAACCACGACACGUUCAGGAUCGAGUUCCUCCUGGUGCCCUGCUUCAUCCUCUCCUUGCUCAUCAACCAUGAGUUUACAGUUCUGGAGGUAAUGUGGACAUUCUCAAUUUACCUGGAAUCUGUUGCCAUACUUCCCCAACUGUUCCUGGUAUCUAAAACCGGGGAAGCUGAAAGCAUCACAUCUCAUUACCUUUUCGCCCUGGGAUCAUACAGAGCUCUGUAUCUUUUGAACUGGGUGUACCGCUACAUGGCAGAGGACCACUAUGAACUGAUUGCGAUUGUCUCUGGUGUUGUGCAAACUGUUCUUUACUGCGACUUCUUCUAUCUCUAUAUUACGAAAGUUCUCAAAGGAAAGAAGCUGCAGCUUCCAGCCUAAGGUGACAAUGACUAGCACUUAUUACAUUAUGACAGAAAUAUCUGCAAAGAUGUUUGUAUAAGCCAAUAAUAUUACCUAAGAUCUAGUUUUACCGCCAACUUUUGUCAGUAUAAGAACGGAAAUGUUAGUUGAUCUAGAAAGGCAAUGAAGUGUUAUAAUUUAAAACGAAGAUUUAUGUACCAUAAAUUUUAAUGUUUAGCAGAAUAAAGCUGUGUGUAAUUUUCUAAUGUAAUAACUCUUUGGUUUCUUCUAUUGCGAUGUGGAGAUGUUAACUAACACAUAUAUAAAUUUAUCUCAUCCCACAUGCACUAUGUGGUGAUAUAAAUAUUUAAUAGUAAUAUUUUUGUUAUAGACGUUAAGUAAUUCAUUCUAACAUUCCUAGUUUUCCAUGUUUAACUUUCCUCUUGAAACCGAAGACAGAUAAUAAUUGUUCUUUCUUAUUAUUACAUAAGUGCCUGACAAAGGUAUAUUGAACUUCCAUAAAAUUUGUUACCUUAUAAAUAACUUAUCCUCUUGAAUAUCUUAGGUAAGGCUAUCGGAUAUAAGUCUACUGGCGAUAUUAGAAAUUUCUUAGUGUAAAAACUUAUGACUUGCUACUAUUAACUAAUCUUAAUUACUUAAACUAGAACCCCACCAUUGCCUUUUCACUAUUUAGAUUGUUGAUGGUAAAAAUAUUGAGGGUUAAUGAAUUAUGUUUAUUUUGUAUUGUGUAGGGUGUGUCAGUGACGCGAAUGCGCCACUCAGCGUAUGGGAUGUAGUUCGCUUGUCCGCGCCUUCCAUACGUUGUUACACAUCGAAUGUCUUAGAUAGUGUGCUAUUAACAAAUCCACUUAGUUUGGCGCUGUAGUGCGCUCCAGUAUUCAACAUCUCAGAGGCUUAGUUUAUUUUUGUUACUGGUAAUAAAAAGCCUAUUCCAUAAGAAUAUGGACUCUGUAUUGGCCAAUGACCCUGGUGUGUGAAUAUUAUGACUUAAAAUUUAAAAAUGCAUUUGUAACAUCAAUAGAUCAAACAUUACUUUUAUAUUGUAGUGCUAAGGUCUUGCAAUAAGAUUUCGUGAAUAAAAUAAAUCUAAAAGUG